CUCUCAACAAGUGUAACCCUGAGGUGUCAUGGACGAUUGAACCCACUUGCUCCCAACCCAACAAUCCCCUGCGUCACAGCCUCACCUUUGUUCCUCUUAGCCCUUUUGAAAAACCUUCCCAACCCCAAACCCAACCUCUCUCUCUCUCUCUCUUAUAAUUCCCCCCACAUCCUAUAUUUCUACUUCCUCUGCCUUGCUUCCCGGUCGUUAAUGCUUUAAUUAAUACUUUCCCCAUAUAUUUAUCUGAUUUUUGUUUCUUUCUGUGCAUCUCUCUUUGUUGGAUUUUGUUGCUUGGUUUCUCAUCUGAUUUUUAUCUGGGUCUCUUGAAAUGGGCAAAAAUCAAGCUUACAAAGCUAUGCAGAAAGCCAGGCUGGGCUCCAGCUCUGCUGGGCCUGAGGAUAUUGAAGAUGGCAUGGUGGAUGGUUCAUUUCAUUCACCAGAAUGGCAUGCUGCUCGUUUGGCCAGUCUUAAAACCUCUCACACUAUCACCUGGGAAGAGUUCAAGAGGAAGCAAAAGGAGGAUGAGAUGAAAAAGGGGGAACUGGAAGCAGAUAAAGAUAGAAUGAUGAGAGAGUACAGAGCUCAACUGGAUGCUGAAAGGGCACACAAGCUUGGCCAUGGAAAAAGCCGCUCCAGAAGUAAAUCUAAUGACAGAAAAGAUAAGAAGGACAAAGAUUUAAAGAAACGCAGCAGCAGAAAGCGAAAGCAGCAUUCGAGAAGGAGAUCUUCUGAGUCUAGCACCUCAAGUUCAUCCUCAGAUUCUUACAGGAGCGAAGAAGAUGAGAGAGAAUCAAGACGUGCUAAAUCUAGGUCUAAGAGAACAAAGAAGGAGAAGAAGCACAAGUCAAGAACCAAGCACUCUAGUAGUGAUGACGAAGAGGCUGAUGGUCCUGUGCCACUUUCAAGAUUCUUUGAGAGCGUCAAGAGCUGAACCACAUUGUUGAAGAUACUGUUGUACUCAUAAAAAUUCUGUUUCUACUAUAGCAGAUGAGUUCGAAUUCGUUCUUUCUCGAUUAGCGCUUAGCAAAUGUGGAUUGCAUUGUUUCUUGCCUCUCUAGAUUGAUGAGCUCUGUGAUGAUAUCGAGUUUGCCUUUCCUUUUUACAAAGUUCAGUUUCACGUACUGGUAUGUUAGGGAAUUUAUCCUAUUCGGUAUAAUGAACUUCAUGAUA